AUGAAGUUCUUCUUGACUACUUUCGCGGCUGUUGUCGGCCUUGCAGGCACUGUUGCUGGCAAGCAACUCAAAGUGACUGACAAAACGGAUAGUUUUGAAGUGUGCGAGGCUAGCUGCAAAGGAGGCGAUUGUAUUGGGGCGAGGAUGUUUAAAGAAGGUACCAGGAGUAGUGCGACAUGCUACUCGGGAAAUGAUUACAUUUCUUGGCCAAAAACUUACGGUUUUGAAAACCAUGGCAAAGUGCCUGGUUGCACCGGAGUAGCACAGUCCGACAAAAGAUACUGUGUAGAGAUUUGUGAUGACCUCGUCUGGAUAAAACAAUGGUACCCCAUGACGGAAUCAAGUUACCAAAGCUCGUGGGAGUACUAUGAAUGCGAUGGUCACAAGAGCAGUGGGGGCGCUAACGGUGAUCCUCACUUCAAGACAUUUGGCGCUGGGCAAACUUUUGACUUCCACGGAGGCUGUGAUCUAGUUUUGAUUGAGAACAAAGAUUUCCAAGGUGGGCUUGGCAUGCGUGUCUACCUCCGUACCAAGGUCAAGACCUGGUGGUCAUACAUUGAAUCUGCUGUCCUCGAGAUUGGGGAUCAGACAUUGGAGGUAACCGGAGGACCAGAGAACAAGUACUGGGUCAACGGAGUAGAGGGCAAUGUUGGACUUGAACGUGGCAGCAAGUUUGAGGCUGUGUUUGCAGAUGGUCAUGAACUCAAGUUCAAGUGGAUCAAUGAUCACCAACGCCAUUUCCACAUCCAUCUAGGUGGUGCCGACAGCUUGUCCAUUGACACUUUCAAGGACUUUGUCCGUGUGGACAUCUCUGCACUUGGAAGCAAGAGGUGGGGAAAUUCUGUAGGAAUGAUGGGAUCAUUCCCCUCUGGACCUGACUUCGACCACUGUGUGUUUGACGUGCUCGCUAUGAGUGAUUUGAAUGUUGCAGGAGCUCACAGGAAGUUAGCCGAGCCUGAGGUUAAUGUGGGCACUGCUCACAGAAAGCUGAUGGAGACGAGCAGGAAGUUGGUGUCAGACGCCGAUGCCAGGGAUGCCUGCAAAGGUGCAAUUGAAUUUGACCAAUGUGUCACGGAUGUCAAGGCUCUGGAUAACUUGGAACUUGCCCGGAUUAUCUUUGGGGUGCACUAG